CCUUCCCUUGCUCUGCUGCGUUUCUUCAUCCUCCAGCCCAAAAGAGAGAAGAAGGUAAAAAAAAAAAAAAAAAAACCAGGAACUCCACCGCGCAGAGGCAGAGAGUGUUGGGAUGAGAGGGUUACGAAGAUUAGUUGGACGAAGUCUUUCAUCUCACAGAGGAUGCGAAGCUUCUGGACAAUUUCAUGGCUUCCGAUUCAUCUCUCGCCGGACCUAUUUCCUAUCUGCUUAUUCACCUGCCACGACGUCGUAUCUGGGUCACCAUAACUCCCCCUUUUCGUCUUCUGAAUCUCCUUUCACUUCUAUGAAAUGGGGCUUUCUCGGUGGGCAGAAGAGAAGCAUGUUUAUUCAAACUCAAUCCACACCCAACCCUGCAUCUCUCAUGUUUUAUCCAGGGAAGCCUGUUAUGGAAGUUGGCAGUGCCGACUUUCCGAAUGCCCGUUCGGCCAUGAAUUCACCACUGGCCAAAGCCCUUUAUGGAAUUGAUGGAAUUACUCGAGUGUUUUAUGGAUCAGAUUUUGUUACUGUAACAAAGUCAGAAGAUACUUCUUGGGAUCUUUUGAAGCCUGAAAUCUUUGCAGCAAUCAUGGACUUCUAUUCUUCUGGGCAGUCACUCUUUCUAGACUCAAAAACUGCAUCAGCGAUGGACACUGCUAUUCAAGAAGAUGAUUCAGAAAUUGUUGCAAUGAUCAAAGAAUUGUUGGAGACUCGCAUCCGACCAGCAGUGCAAGAUGAUGGUGGCGACAUUGAGUAUAGGGGAUUUGAUCCAGAAACUGGAAUAGUUAAAUUGAGAAUGCAAGGAGCAUGCAGUGGCUGCCCAAGCUCAUCAGUCACCCUGAAAUCUGGCAUUGAAAAUAUGCUAAUGCAUUAUGUACCUGAGGUCAAAAGUGUAGAACAAGAACACGAUGCUGAUGAUGAAGGAGCAGCACUAACAAGUCAGAUGGAAUAGAAACAUAUAAUUCUGUGCAAAACAGGCAUAUUAUAGAAAUGGUGAGCUCAAGAGGUACUUGGGAUGUGCAAUUCCUGUACAGGAGCAAAUAAAGUUGUUAUAGUUAAUUUAUUAAGUGGUAGAGCAUUAUGGAGUUAUUGGUGUAGGUAGUUGCGUCAUACGAAUUUUGAGCUUGUAAGAAAACUAUAUAACAAGGGAAAGGACGAUUGAUUUACUGUUACCACUUCAAUUUUUUUGUUCAUUAGAAGUCUACUAAUAUUCACAUUGCCCCUGUACUGCUAGUUAUUCAUCUGUUUCCUAUA